AUGGAUGAUAUGCAAUUAUUUUGUAUUGCAGAUGUAAAUUGUCCUCCUGUCGAAAUUAAAAGGUCCAGACAUGGUUUCAGCCAUAGUUUUGUUCUGAAAGAACCUCCUCCCAGGUUUCUGGUUCUUUUUAGCCAGGGGAAAUGGCUGGAUUCUGCUGAGAAUUUACGCCUGGAAGCAAAUCUGAUUGUUAACAAAACCUGCCAAGAGUUUGGUGUCCUCAGCAAAACUAACAAAUCCAUCAUGAAAGAACUUAAUCUUGAUUCUUCUUUGUCCAAAAAGAAAACAAUUCAAGCUCAUUUGCAAGAAACAAAGACCCAGUUAGAGCAAACUCCAAAAAGAAGAAAAAUAAAAACUGAGUCUGAACCAGAGGCCCCACUGAAGGACACUGAGAUGCUAAUGAAAAUCAAUGGUAGUGUAGUUGACAUUGAAGAUGAGAAUGAUGAUGAUGAUGAUCAGAAGAAAAACACUGUUGAUACCUUGAAGACUCCUCAUAUAAAGAACACAUGCAAGACACCUUCUCCACCAAAGCCACCUCAGAAAUGUAAAAAUAAAAAAGCCCGCUUUGAGGCUACACCUGACUCUGGAUCUACACCAAAAAAGAGAAGCCCAAAACGAAUUCGAACAUUAAAAAACGAAUUUGCUAAAUCUGCCAUUGUUCUGAACAAAGAAACGAACAAAAAGCAUCCUGCUAUAUGCAAAGAUGUGACAGACCGAAGCUGUCAUCCAAGUGAACGUUGGGGUCCUACUCUCAGCAUGGUUAGUCCAAAUAAAGCCAUCCUUAUAGGAGGGCAAGGAGAGAAACAGGUCCUUAAUAAGGAUUCUGUUUGGUCGUUGAACCCAGAGACACGUAAAUGGAAACAGUUAGAAACUAAAUCUGAGGGGCCUCGUCCAGAUUUACGUAUGGGUCAUACUGCUACAUAUGACCCCACAGUUCGUUGUAUAUAUGUUUAUGGGGGAUCCAAAAACCUCAAAUGGUUUAAUGAUGUUCAUGCCUUGGAUGUGGAUGAAAAAAUGUGGCAACUAGUGAAGGUCACAGGCAAAGCUCCAACUCGAGCGUACCAUACAGCCUGUUUAUAUAGACAUGAAAUCUGGAUCUUUGGAGGCAUUUAUCCUAAUCCUGAUCCUCAGCCUGAUGGGUGCAGUAAUGAAAUUCAUGUUUUCAGUCCUGUCAUGGGGAACUGGUAUACACCAAUUGUUAAUGGUGAAAAACCAGCUGCCAGAUCAGGGCAUUCAGCCACAAUAAUAAAAGAAGAAAUGGUUGUCUUUGGUGGCUGGGAUUUUCCUUAUUGUUUCAAUGAUAUUUAUAUUCUGGAUUUAAGCCUUGUGGAAUGGAGAAAGCCUGAAAUGAAAGGAACUCCUCCCAAACCUCGAAGUUGGCAUGCUUCUUGUGCCUUGAGUCACAGUCGCGUACUAAUACAUGGUGGUUAUGAUGGAGACAUUGCUCUUGAUGACAUUCAUAUUUUUGAUGUUGCCACAAUGUGUUGGAUGGAAAUUUUGCUCACUUGCAGCCCAGUACCUCGUGUAGGACACACAUGCCUUUGCCUUCCAUUUACAUCAGCAAAUGAAGAUGAUGAUGAAGUUCUCAUCUUUGGGGGUGGUGAUAAUGAGAAGAAAUUCUUUGGAGAUCUCUUUAGCAUAAGUGUGCCAUUUAGGCCAGCCACUAAAGCUAAUCAAAACCUGAAUGAAGAUUUAAGUCCAAACCAAAUGUCAACUGUUUCAUAA